AAAGACGCCCUUUUCCCUUCCACUAUAAAUAUUCCCCUCACAUUACAUUUCUUCACUCCCCUGCCUCUUUUCUUCCUAGUCCCACCCCUCCGUGAGUUCUUUUCCACUAGUGCUUGUGCUUGUUUUCUGGUAAUCGAUCGAAAUGAAUUUCGAUAGAUUUGUUGUCACAUUCUUUGUGCCGAUAAUCUGUCUAGCUCCCUCUGUCAAACCACAAACUUGCCAAAAGAACUGCGGCAGUGUUCCGGUGAAGUAUCCAUUCGGGACAGGCCCUGGAUGUGGUGAUAUCCGUUUCCAGUCCUAUGUAACUUGUAACAAUCAGCAACAGUUAACCUUCUCAACCCACUCAGGUUGCUACCCCAUAACUUCAAUUGAUUACAAUAAGCAGAUAAUGUUCAUCAGUGAUCCUUCCAUGUCAACCUGUUUUUGCUCACAACCAAGUAAAGGCUUCAGCCUUGACUGGAAUGCUCCCUUCAGCUUCCAUGAUGACACCGUGUUCGCCCUCCUGGAUUGCUCGUCGUCUUCUUCGCCAAUCUACAAAUCCAUGGUUGAUGCGAACGUUUCCAACCAUUUUCCACUGUGUGAUGCUCAAGGUGCUGAUGUUUGUAAAACGCUGUACUCCUGCCAGGCCAUAAGCAGCAGGGUAAACGUUGUCCCGGGUUCGAGUUGCUGUGUCUAUACGCCUGUUGAUCUUGGGCCCUCGUUUGAGAUGGAUUUGGAGAAACUUCAGUGCAGUUCGUAUUCGGGACUGUAUGGAUUCAAUGGUCAGGAAUUCAAUCCAGGGGCAUGGAGUUAUGGGGUGGCUAUCAAGUACAAAUUCAGUUUUGAUAAUGACUACCCAGAAAUGUGCGCUCAUUGUGAGAAGAGCAAUGGAAUUUGUGGAUAUAGUGGACCUUAUAAUUCUUAUGUAUGCUAUUGUCCUAAUGGAGUUAACACUUCAUCUGAUUGCUUCUUUGGGUCUGCUUGGAGUAUUUCUUCAAGAAUUUUUCCCAGGCAGACAGGGAUGAUGUUUAUUUACGGUACGGCGUGGCUUUUCAUUCUGCUGGCAAUUGUUUAAUCUCUGACAAACAACCAAACACUUAUUUUGAUACUGUUUUACUUUGUUCAAUGGUGUAAAUUCGAUGUAAUUGAUCAACUGUGAAUGGCUUGGCUAUGAUUGAGAGCUGUGUCUUGUGUUCUUUCUGCUGCUUUUGGAUUUCUUUUAUAAGUAAUUCCUUUUCAGUUAAAUACCAGCAACCAGAAUCUCCGGUCGUGUUCGAUCCAAAUGGCCUCGGAAUCAUGAUGCCUGUACUGAAAAGUGUAUUAAAAGCUCAACCAUCCAAUGCAAUAUAGAAAUCAAAAAAUGGGGUAGCAAUGUAGUUUAGUAUGCGACUUAUCAUCUUAGCCAAACGAAAAAGUGAUGCAGCCUGUAAAAGUAGUGCUUUCUUUUGAGCAUUUGGAGGAAUCGAAUUCAGUAUUAUAAAACUGAGAAUUCCGAUGGGAACAAAUUCAAUCUUUUUUAAGUAACCUGGGUCCUCCAUCAAAGCAGAAAAAUGUUCUCCCAUUAUCUCUUUAAGAGUUCUUUUAAAGUUUUAAAAGCAUUUGUCCUGAAACUGCUGUAUACGUUGC